AUUGUGAUAUGUAUAAUAAAUUAUUCUCUCACAAUGAAUAAAUUAACUGAAGCAAAAAACGAUGAUACAAGAGAGAAACAAUAUUUCUGUGAUAUUUGUGGUACAUCAUUCAACUAUAAUAGUCAGUUGACUAGUCACAGACGUAUCCAUACGGGAGAAAAACCAUAUCACUGUGAUAUAUGUGAUAAAUCAUAUUCUUUAAGUAGCAACUUAACUCAACACAAACGUACACAUACAGGAGAAAAGCCAUAUCAUUGUGAAAUCUGUGGUAGAUCAUUCUCUCAAAAGAGCCACUUGACUCGUCACAAAUAUACACAUACAGGAGAAAAGUCGUAUCAUUGUGAUAUCUGUAGUAAAUCCUUCUCGCGUAGGAUUAUUCUGACUGAACACAAACGUACACAUACAGGAGUAAAGCCAUAUCGUUGUGAUAUCUGUGGUAAAUCAUUCUCUCAAAAUAGCAUUUUAACUCAUCACAAACGUGUUCAUACAGGAGAGAAGCCUUAUUGUGACAUCUGUGGUAAAUCCUUUUCUGAACAUCGUUGUUUGACUAAUCAUAAACGUAUCUGUGGUAAAUCAUUCUCUGGAAGGAGUACCUUGACUGAACACAAACGUACACAUACAGGAGAAGAGCCGUUUCGUUGUGAUAUCUGUGGCAAAUCAUUUUCGUGUAGGAGUCCCUUGGCUCAACAUAAACGUACUCAUACAGAAGAAAAGCCAUAUGAUUGUGAUAUCUGUGGUAGGUCCUUCUCUAAAAGGUGUAACUUGACUAAACACGAGUAUACACAUGCAAAAGUAAAGCCGUAUCUUUGUAACAUGUGGUAAAUCAUUCUCUUAUGGGUGCAACUUGAUUCAACACAUACAUACAUAUACAGGAGAAAAGCCAUAUCAUUGUAAUAUCUGUGUUAGAUCAUUCUCUCAAAAGAGCCACUUGACUCAUCGCAAACAUACGCAUACAGGUGUAAAGCCAUAUCAUUGUGAUAUCUGUAGUAAAUCAUUCUCUCUAAGGGGUAACUUGACUAACCACAAAUAUACACAUACGGGAGAAAAGCUAUAUCAUUGUGAUAUCUGUGGUAAACCAUUCUC